UCCUAUCCCAGCGUACGCCAGAAGAUUGAGAACGGUCACGAAAUGCCGAGAAGCGACAAUCAAAAAAGCAAAUCUUUCUAAUGGUUCAUCAAAGAAAUAUUGAAUACCAUAAAAAGGAACUGAUGACUAUACGACAAGCAGUAGAUAAUGACAUAUAGACAGAUAAAUUCCUUCCAUAAUACAAUCGAAAUUUAAGCCCAGUGAUGUUGGACAAAGCAUCUACUAGAGAUGUUGUUUUAAUGUAUCGGUGGUUUCCAGAAAUAUUCAAGACUAGCAAGUUUAGUGCUUUACUGCCUAUCAAAAUGUCAGUCACGUCAGAAUCUUUACCGACCGAAAAUAAAUGCCUGAAAAUUGAAAAUGGCGUCUCUUCCAGCCCCGUCAAACUCCGUUUCAAAAAAUUAACUAACCAAGCAACGACUCCUACUCGUGGUUCAGCAUUUGCUGCUGGUUACGACCUUUAUGCUGCAUAUGACGCUACUAUAUAUGCUGGAGGCAGAGAAUUGGUCAAAACUGACAUACAAAUUCAAUUACCUGAUGGAUGUUAUGGUCGCGUUGCUCCAAGAAGUGGCUUAGCCUUGAAAAACGGAAUCGAUGUAGGUGCUGGUGUUAUUGAUCAGGACUACCGCGGUAAUGUUGGCGUCGUACUUUUCAACUUUGGAAAAGGAGACUUCGUAAUUAAAAAGGGCGAUCGUAUAGCUCAGUUGAUUUGCGAGCGUAUUUUCUGUCCAGAAUUAGUGGAGUGUGAAUCCCUAGAGGAAACAGAACGUGGCUCAAAUGGUUAUGGUUCUACUGGAGUAUAAAAUGUAAUACCUGUACUCCCAGAUAUCCUAUUUUCCUAAUAAAGAUUUUGUAGACG